UGUUACCUGUAUUUCGGUGCAGGUACUCAGAGUGAACAGAAACCCUUCUGCACAAUAUUUAGUUUGGACUUGUGCUUUUGAAACACAAGACACUUCUUAAAAGGCCCUUCUCAGUCUGAGUAAAUCCUGGUUAGUUUGUUGUGGGGGUUUGGUUUGACUCAACCACAUGAUCGGAGUCAGGUGAUGGAAUUGGGAAGAAAAACUAAAAAAGGGACAAACUAUUAGCUGUAGGAGCUUAGCAGCUGCUCUCCCUUAGUGAGGAGCCGUGACCCGCUUAGAAAAUGGGUUCCUGUCCCAGGUCUCUGCUUUGGAGUUUAGGUGCAGCUUGUUUGAUGGGUAUUGUUGUUGGACAAACGACUACUGCCCAGGUCUCUGCGGAAUCACCAGUGGUAUCUGCUGGUGUUUCAUCAGCUGCUCCAAAUGCAACCAUUGUCGGGGUCUCUACGGUAUCAACUACAGCUGUAACAGUAACAGCUGAAGUGCUGUCAACCACUGCAAACCCCACAGUGCCAUCUGCCACAACAGUAUCUGCUGAGGUUUCGUCCACCACCCGAACUGCAACAGUGUCCACUAUUCCAAAUAGGACCACUGUUCAGGUUUCUCCAGGACCAACAUCAGCUGUGACAGAGUCGGCUGGGGUAACAUCAGCUACCCCCCAUGGCACAGUACCUACCACCAUGCUGUCUACUGCUCCAAACGUGACACUGUCUGCUGGGGUUCCAUCAGCCACUCCAUUCGUAACCACCAUGGAGUCCACAAACUGCAGUGCAGUGAACACAACAGCCUGUACAGCUUGUUCACCAGGAAUGUUUCCCAGCAAUGAGACAUGGGGUUGCGUAUGCUGCUCAGAGGGCUUCUGCGCAGACCCUAUUGCUUGCAUACCCUGUCCAGUGGGUCACUAUCAGCCUCUAGCUGGACAACUGUCGUGUCUGCUUUGCCCACAAGGAUAUUACACUAAUUUAAUGAAAAGUGUUGUAUGCCUGCCCUGUCAGCCUGGCUCUUAUUCCAAUGAGUCUGGGGCACCAGCUUGCAGACCAUGUGGAAAAGGGCAUUUCAGCUUCCAGAAAAAUUCAGCAUUCUGCAUGCCGUGUCCACGUGGAUCAUUUUGCAAUACUACCAACUGCAGCAAUUGUACAAUGUGCCCCACUGGAGAAGAGGCCCUUACAGAAGCAUCUGAAGAAUGUGCACCUUGUCUGCCAGGUACAUAUAAAGGCCCCAGGAACAGCAAAUGUGAAAUCUGCAAUAUAGGAGAAUACCAAGUACGAAGGGGCAAGGAGAGCUGUGACAAAUGCCCAGAAAAUUAUUACUGUCCUAGUCCAGAUGUGAACCCAAUUGCGUGUCCUUCUAAUGCCUUCUGCCCAGCUGGGAGCACUCAACCACAAUAUUGUAUGGAAACAUUUCUUUAUAAGGCAGGAAACUCUUGUGAACUGGCUCCUCUAACCAUUGUAUUACUAGCUGUUUCUUCAGCAGGUGGAGUCCUUCUUGUGUCUGUAAUAAUUCUGAAACAAAGGCAAGAAAAUGGCAGGAAAACUGUAAAAUCUCCAUUACUUUCAAAAGGAGCGAGGCCACACACAGCUUAUGGUGUGACUGGGUGCACAGAACCAGUCUGGCUUAAUUCAAGAAUAAGAAGGUGCAUCCUUACACAUUAUCACUCCCACCUCCAAGGGACAAAAUUGUGUGUCAUGGCAAUCCUCUCAAUUUCAACAACAGACAAUACCGUGAGUAUACGGUAGCAUCACAUAACAUAGCCUCGUUACAGUAUGCUAGCUAUUCCUACCAUGGCAGGACUUAACACAAAACUAAUUCCUCUUAAGAACAUACAGAAUCUCUUCUUCCACUCCCAAAACAUAACUGUUUCCCCUAAGCAGGAGUGGGGCAGAGAAAGCUGCAUGCAGGGGCGGCUCUAUGCAUUUUGCCGCCCCAAGCACAGCAGUCAGGCGGCUUUUGGCGGCACGCCUGCAGGAGGUCCGCCGAUAACAUGGAUUUGGUGGCAUGUUUCCAGGAGGUCUGCUGAUAACACGGAUUCGGUGGCAUGCCUGCGGGAGGUCCGCCGGUUCCGCACCUUCAGUGUACCCACCGCCGAAUUGCCGCUGAAACCGAGGGACUGGCAGACUUCCUGCAGGCACGCUGCUGAAAGUUGCCUGCCGCCGCCCUCUCAGCGACCAGCAGGCUGCUCCCUGCAGCUUGCCGCCCCAGCACAUGCCUGGGGCGCUGGUGCCUGGCACCGCCCCUAGCUGCAUGAUUCCAGAUUCACCCUUCUCCCACAACUGAGAGAGGGCAUCUGUAGGGAAAGUGGUGGGCAAUUAUGGAAAAAUCUCUCUCCAGUGUUUGCUCUAGUCCCCAAUGGAACUGGCUGCGGAAGUUGCUCACUAUUAUAGGGCUGCUGCAUCAGACAAGCAGCCCAACAGUCAUUUCCUCCUCCUUCAUGGCACUCAGCAACCCGGCCCCCCAGAGCCACUAAACUGCACAUAGCAUUGGUGAGUAUGAACAACAAAAGGUAGGUCUACUCUGCAAAAACAGACCCUAGCAGCGAAUCUCAGAGUCCAUGUCAACUGACUUGGGCUUACGGCACACACCCCCAGCCAGGUUUGAGAGUCCAGGCUCCAGUUUGAGCCCAAAUAUCUAUACUGCUAUAUUUAAGCCCCAGAGUGUGAACCCGAGUCAGCUGACCUGGGCUCUGAGAUUCACUACUGAGUCUUCUUUUUUGCCGCAUACACAUAACCAAAAGGUGAAAAUACAAGACAAGACAGGAGUAAGGGAGAAAAGAGACAAAAGCAGAUACAACUACUCAAGUGUGAGGAGGUGUUUCCUCUGUUCCAUCUCAAUCAGACCUCUAUUCAGAAAACGUUGGGAAGCACUACUGUAAUUGAAAGCAGCUUUCUGCAUAUAGGACCAACCAGAACUGUACUAGAUACUAUUAUUGGAAUGCCUAUGACAAAGUUAUGGCCCUAUCCAUGAUGACUGAUCAGUCAUUACAACAUAUGAAAUGCUGUACUUGAUCUGGCCCAAAUUGUAUAGAAAACUUCAGCCACUGCUAACACCAAUCAUUCUUUAAUCUACCCAUCCUUUUGAGACACCUCUCUCUCUCUAAAGAAAACUGCAUGUUGAUGCACCUUUAUUGGAAGUGAUUUUUAAAAAAU